CGUUAUUCUACUUUUUUUCAAAAAAAAAAAUAUCUGAAAUACGCUUUCAGUACACGAAAAAAUUAAUAAUAAUUUUAUCAUCUACUAGUAUCAAAAUGGUACCUCCUGACCCUAACAAACCUACUUUUUCUCUUAAUUUGAACAUUAAAACCCCUGAACAAACUUGGUAUGAUACAGAUUAUCCAUUUACUAUGGACAGAGACAAACUUUUAAUGAACUCGAAUAAAUCUAGGCCUGAUAUUCCACGUCCUCCAAAUUCCUUUAUUUUAUAUGCGAAAAAUGAAGGCAAUAAACCAAAAUACAAGAAGAUGCAAGCAAAUAAAAAGUUUAGAAUAAUUGGGAAACUCUGGCUAAAUGAAUCAAAUGAAGUCAAAAAUCUUUUUGACUGUGGCGCAAAAAAAGAGAAAUCAACAAAAAGGAGCAAAAAAUGUUAAAGAAAAUAAGUUACCUAUCCAAUCUAACCUUUUUUCAACGUCGACUACAUCAUCUACUUCAUUAGAACAUCAUCCUCAAUUACAGUAUAUCACUGAAGAUCAAUAUAACUUUUCGUCUACGACUACCAACUUUAUUGCUACAGCUAAUUGUAAUCAACUUGAGUUAUCUAUUCCAUCCAAUUUAGAAUCUCCUUUAACAUUAAAUUUUCCUUAUAUUCGACCUGUAUCCAACUUCGCUGCUGCAGCUUGUGAUUUACCAGGAUAUAUUAAUUAUAACCAAAUUGAGACAUCUAAUCCAUCUAACUUGGAAUCUUUUUUAACUCCUUCUACAUUAAACUAUCCUUAUAUUCAAUCUAACUCCAACCUUAAUGCUGUAACUUAUGAUUUACCAGGAUAUCCUAAUUGUGACCUUAUGGAGUCACCUAUUCCAUCCAACUUGGAAUUUUUUUCAACUUAUGCAACAUUAGAUUAUCCUUAUAUACAACCUGAAACCAACCUUACUUUUGGUUACAAUUUGUCAGGAUUGGUAAUAAAUGAGUCUUCCAUAGUUCCUUUAGGAUAAUUUACUAUGGAUUCUUUCUCCGUGAAAUAGAAAGAACCUUUUCACGUUGCAAAAGGUGGAACCAUAUUGUG